UUCUCAAUCUUUUAUAAAUUAAUAUUAAAAUUAAAUACAUGAGUAGAUUUUCUGAGAAUUCAUUGUCUCGAAAAGAAUUCCCAAAACUAAAAAUGUUUAUAUUUUUUUGUUUGAUCAUAAGAAAUAAAAAGUAGUUAUAAUUUCAUUAUCAUUUUAGGUUAUUUUUCCAUAUGAUUGAAUAUGAAGUAAAUAUUUACCAUAUAAAUUUAAGUUUUAGGUUAUUUUGACAAAUUGCCAAAUAAUUAUAUUCCCUUCCUUUACUUUCUAAUUACAUUUAUUAGUUUUUCACACACAUUUAAAUAAAGUAAUACUGUUUUAAGAUACAUAUAAUAAAAUAAAAUUUUAUAAAAAGAUAAUAUAAUUGUGUAAUUUCACUAAAUAUUAUGAAUUGAUAAUUAGUUUCUCUAAAAUUUGUAUAAAAUAAAUAUAAUAUUAUGUUAUUAAUUUUCAAAUUUAAAUUCAUAUAUUAAUUUUAUUAUAACUGUGUUUUGUAGAAUUAAGUUUUAAAAUACAUUUACAUUAAAUAAUACUCCCUCCGUUUUUUAAUAUAAGUCGUUUUACAGAUAUGCACGUAGAUUAAGAAAACCAUUAAUUUCUUAUAUUUUCUAAACAAAAAAAUCAUUAAUUAUUUACUUAAUCACAAUUCAACCAAUUGAAAAAUAGAAGAUAUAUUACCAUUGGUCAUACAACAUUAAUUAUUAAUAAAUUUUACAUAAAAAACCGAAAACGACAUAUAAUUUGGAACAAAAUUUUUUUUCUAAAACGACAUAUAUAUUAAAAACGGAGGGAGUAUAUAUCUAAUACCUUAAAAAACUAAAUAAUUUAUGGGAAACAGUUACAUUAACAAUGUUUAAAUUAAAAAAAUAUUUUAAACUAAUGAAAUAUCGUAUUUAUAUUAUUAUUAAGAAAUAGAGGCUUUAUUGUAAAUAAUAAGAACCGAACAAAUGACCAGAAAAAGAGUAGUCAAAAGCGGGACCCAUAGGAGUGAAAAGUGGAGAGUAUCAUGUGGGGAGAAGCUUGUCUUCGGGUAUCUGUCUGAAUCUUCCCUCUCCCUUUCCUUUGCUGUUUCUUUUUCUUUUGUCAACAUUUAUUCAUUAUUUCCAUCUGGUCGGUUUAUGUUUGUUCUGCUUUCUACACUGAACAAAUUAAUAAUUUUAGCUAUUCAAAUUCAUACUCACCUUAGCAAAACACUCUCUCUCAGUCUCAGCGACCUGUAUCGGCGUUUCACUGUGUUCCUCUACCGCUGAUUAAUUGGGACUCACCACUAACUUUUCAGUUGCUCCGGUGAUCGCUUUAGAGACACUUACACCGGAGGCGUUACGGGACUGCGGUUUCCGACUUUAUUGGAGUCCACAAAAGGAAUGUGAAGAAGUUGCAAAAAUCAAUCCUGAGUGUGAGAAAUCAGAUUUAAGAAAAUGGGAGAAGGAGACGACAAUGAAGCAGAGUCAAAUGAGAGAUCGUUGGCCUUAUCACCUACUUGGUCUGUUGCUAUAGUCUUGUCUGUCUUCGUUCUUGUUUCUUUGAUCGUUGAGCGCUCCAUUCACCGCCUCAGCACUUGGUUAAGGAAGACAAAGAGGAAACCUAUGUUUGCUUCUUUGGAGAAGAUGAAACAAGAGUUGAUGCUGCUUGGCUUCAUCUCACUUCUUCUGACAGCUACCUCUAGCACUAUAGCCAACAUAUGUGUCCCUUCGAGUUUCUACAACGACAGAUUUGUUCCUUGUACACGUUCUGAGAUUAAAGAGGAAGAGCUUGGAAACGAAUCAUCUGUCAAGAGGAAUCUCUUAACCAAAUCCUUCUUCUUCAGCAUCUUUAAGAGAAGAAGGUUGGAAGGCAUUCACCAUCCUACUUGCAGCGAGGGGCAUGAGCCGUUUGUUUCAUACGAAGGACUUGAGCAGUUGCAUCGCUUCAUCUUUAUAAUGGCGGUUACACAUGUUACUUACAGCUGCUUGACCAUGCUCCUUGCUAUCGUUAAGAUUCAUAGUUGGAGGAUCUGGGAGGAUGUAGCUCGCAUGGAUCGUCAUGAUUGCUUAACUGCGGUGACACGGGAGAAAGUAUUGAGAAGGCAAACAACGUUUGUUCAGUAUCAUACAUCUGCUCCUCUGGCGAAGAAUAGAUUGCUUAUAUGGGUGACAUGUUUCUUCAGGCAAUUCGGACAUUCUGUUGUUCGUUCUGACUACCUUACUCUCCGGAAGGGAUUCAUUGUGAAUCACCACCUCACAUUGAAGUACGAUUUUCACAGCUACAUGAUUCGUUCUAUGGAGGAAGAGUUCCAAAGGAUCGUUGGUGUAAGUGGGCCACUUUGGGGGUUUGUAGUUGCUUUCAUGCUCUUUAACAUAAAAGGAUCAAAUCUCUAUUUCUGGAUAGCAAUCAUACCUGUUACUCUUGUUCUUCUGGUUGGUACCAAGCUGCAACAUGUAAUAGCUACUUUGGCAUUAGAGAAUGCUGGUUUAACAGAAUAUCCUUCUGGAGUUAAGCUGAGACCUAGGGAUGAACUUUUCUGGUUCAAUAAACCAGAACUACUCUUGUCCCUUAUCCACUUCAUCCUAUUCCAGAACUCUUUUGAACUGGCUUCAUUCUUCUGGUUCUGGUGGCAGUUUGGUUACAACUCUUGCUUCCUGAAGAAUCAUCUCCUUGUUUACUUCCGACUUAUUUUAGGGUUUGCUGGACAGUUUCUAUGCAGCUACAGUACACUCCCACUAUAUGCAUUGGUUGCUCAGAUGGGAACGAACUAUAAAGCGGCUCUGAUACCUCAGAGGAUAAGAGAUACGAUUCAAGGCUGGGGGAAAGCGACCAGAAAGAAAAGAAGACAAUAAGACAUGGUUAUUACGGCGAUGAUUCGACUGUUAGGACAGAAACAAGCACGGUUGCAUCUAUUGAAGAAUAUGACCAUCAAGUGCUUGAUGUUGCUGAAUCUUUUACACAACAAUAGAAAAAAGGAAUUGAGCUUGAGUUGCAGCCAAUCCAACCUCGUAAUACUUCUGCUUCUGCAGCUAAUGAAUCUUCAAGUAGAGCUGGAACACCUCUUCUUCGACCUUGUGUCUCGAUUUCUUCAGCAACGACCCCAGAGCUAAUAGUAGAACCUAUGGAACCACUCUCGAGAUCAUCUUCAUUGCCAGUGUGAAGAGAAUGAUAAGAUGAGUCACGGUUCUGAAGAUUGGUUUAGAGGAGUACAAGUUUGUAGGAGUAAUUUCAGUAGCAAAACAUAAGGUCCUUCCUAGCUCCGAGCUGUCUGAAUGAAAACAUGUAGAUUAUAAUUGAAAAGGUUCACAUUCGCAUUUGAACAAAAGAGAGUACUUUCAAUUAUUAUGUAUGUAUUUAAUGUACAUGCAAUCAUUGUUCACGAAAUUGUUGUCUCAAUAAAUUUAAAAUUAUUAUGAAAGAAAAAGAUACAUAGAAGCUAGUUAAGCAAUACAUGUUUACUGCAUAAUCCUAGAGCUGAACAUGUUUACUCGUGACUCGGCUUAUACUCGUUUGCUCCGUACUGUCUUGAAAAAUCAAGUAUUUGGUAAUUCAAAUCGGAUAACAAGUCAAAAAAUCUUACUACUUGCAAAAAGAAAAGGCAAAUAACAAGCGUGUUAUAUUUAUGAAUAUUUGUCCCGUAACUUAUUUUAUUACUUGUUCAGUGUUCUGUUACAUAUUAUUUGUUGCUCAUUCUAAACAAUAUUUAUUAACUGUUUAAAAGUACUUGUGCCUACUAACAUAGUACCUAUUAAUCCUUGAAAAUACUUGUUACCAGUAUAAAAAAUAUUUGUUACAUAUAUUUUGAUUUCAAGUACUUACAUGUAAUCAAAUAAUCUUGACAAAUACUACAUUUUGGCAAGUAACAAAUCAAAUCAAGUAAUUUGGAAUUACUAAUUUUGGAAUUUUAUGUAUAAUAAAUAUUUAUUUCAAGCAAGAAAAUACAAGUAUCAAAUCAAAUUUUUUAAAUCUCUUUUCAAAAUAACAUGUUGUGCUUUGAUAUUUCCAAUAUAAUAAUAAAAUUCCUCUAUAUGUAAUGAUCAUAAAUAUUCCUUAUAAGCUGAUGUUAGAAAUUUAAAUUAUAUAUUAUUUACAUUAUUUCAAAUCUAAAAAUCAAACAAAUAAGUGUAAUACGUGUGUAAUUGUUUUUCAUAUACUUUUAAUUAAGAAUAAACUACUAAUCUUCGUGAAGUAAAAUGUUUUUAGUUCAACAAUGCAAAAAAUAGUAUGAUGUAUAAGCUUCAAACUGAAGGAACAAAUUUGAGGAAACUAAUUAGGUUAUAAACAGAGAACAAUAAAAUUAAUCUACAAAGAGAAAGAAAAACAGAUAAAAACAACAAAAACACACAGAAAUUCACUAAGAUGAAGAGAACUUUUGAAAGUGGAUGGAAAUUUGCUAAAGACUAGGUUGUUAACAAAGCUGCAGUCAAAAAGUUGUUGGCCAAGGAAGUACUUACAAGUAAUCAAAUACUCUUAACUAUUUGUGAAAGUUGUUACUUAUAUUGCUAUUUUUUUUCUCAAGUUUAUCUUUGAUUUUGCUAUAAAUUUUCUUUAAUUUUAAUAUUUCAUUAAGACAGAAAGAAAAAAAGACAGCAAUUAAUCACACUUACUUAAUACACAUUAUAUUAUUUCUUUAACUUAAUUCUUGAAAGUAGUUUUUACUGAAGUUGAAGCUUCAACUUCAUCCCUUCUUCUUUCCACCAUCUUCUUUAUUUCCUCUACUACCAUUUAUUCCUUCAUAUUUCUAUACGCAUGUUGACUCUCCACACAGAUAGCUUCUUUGUUAGCACAAAAAACUUUUCUAACAGGCUCCCACAAGUUCAUUCUCAUGUUGACCUUUUUUUUAUUUUUCUCUUUGUAGUUUAUUUUUCUUUGAGUUAUUAUCUAUCUAUUUAUAACCUAAGAAAUUUCCAUUAAUGUAUUGCUUCAAUUUAAAGUAAUAUACUUUUCAUUUCGUAUGUUUACACUAACCAAGUUAAUUAGUCUCUUUUAACCUGUUUGAAUUAUAGUUGCUAAAUUAUAGUUGUUAACUAAAGAGUUUGAACCUGUUUUUUUUUAUAACUGCAUUUUUCCAUUGUUAAAUUUACAACAACAAAAUUUAAUGUUAGUUUUAAUAAACCUAUAUCUAAAUUUUUUUAGCCAAUCUAUAAAACUCAGAUUUUUUCUAUGAUAAUAUAAGUCAAUAAUUCUUAUUUAUUUUAAUAUAUAUAUAUAUAUAUAUCAUAGACUUAUCUAUCUAUUUAUAACAUAAGUAAUUUCCAUUAAUGUAUUGCUUCAUUUUCAAGUAAUAGACUUCAUUUUUGUCUGGUUAAUUAUGUUAAUACAAAUUAUGAGAAAUAUUACAUAAAUAUAUUACAGCCGACAAUUCUAUCUGCCUUAUUAGGAUUACACAGUGUUGUCUAUAUUUGUAUUUGCUUUUAAAUAUAAAUAUAUAUAUAUAUAUGUUUUUGCUUUUAAUUUUCUUAAGUUUUUUAAAUUUUAUAUUUAACUCUUUUAUUGAUUUUAUAUUAAAUGGUAAUGUAAAGAUAGACGAACGGAAAAUAUUUUGAAUCAAAAUUCAAACAAAACACAUGUAAGACAUGUGUAAUUGUAUUCAUAUAUUUUAAAUUAAGAAACUAGUACGUAAUUUAUCAUAAAGUAAAUAUUGUUAAUUAAACCAAACAAAAGAUGGUAUGAUGUAUAACUUCAAAAAUAAGCAAUACAUUUUGAGGAAACUAAUUAGAUUAUAAAUAGAGACAACAUUGUGUAAUUACAAGAAGAAAAAAAUCACGAAAACACAUAGAUAAUUGAAAAAAAAAUAUCAAUAUAACAAAGAAGGAAUGUUGAGAUUUUGUUAGAGACAUUUGCUAACAAAGCAAUAUUUAUAGAGUCGGGCAAAGAAAUCUACAGCGAGAUAGUGACAUAUUAUUUCAACAAAGGUAAGUAACUUAGAGUUAUAUUAAACUCAUAACCAAUGUAAUCAUUUUUAACUUUUUAAAAAGUUUUUGAUAAAUGACUACACCAUGAAUUGAUCGUAUUCUAAUUUAUUUGCUUUUGGUAUAAUUUUUGAUCCAUGGUAUUUUGCUUUCUUGGAAGCCCUAUCGAGGGUUAAAUCCAGGGACUUUGCCUGGUACUUCUUCUCCGACAGAGGCAAUCAGUACCGCAACACUAAUAAGCAGAGCCGGACAACUAGUUCUGGUUACUGGAAGAUAACUAGUAAAUCAUCGUAAAGUAAAGUGUUUUAAGUUCAACAAUGCAAAAAUAGUUAUGCAUAAGCUUCAAAGUGAAGCAACGCAUUUGGAGAAACCAAGAAGGUUAUAAAUAGAGACAUAACACAGUGAAAUUAAUCUGUACGGAGAAUUUAAAAAAAAAAAAAAAAAACAACACAAAAUCACUCAAAGAUGAAGAAAAUUUUGGAAAAUGGAUGGAAAAUUGAUAAAGAUCAGAUUGUUAACAAAGGUGCAAUUAGGCAAAGAUGGCUACAGUAAAGCCUGUAAAUCAGUCAUAGAUGAAAGUAAAAGUAAGUAAAUUUAUUAUAAUACGAUAUAUAGUUAGAUUAUCAAUUAAUCAUAUAUAAC